UCCACAAUGGCGCCAAUGACUGAGAUGAAGAGAAAGAAUCGGCCUGUCGAUUCUGAGAAUGAACGGCCUGCGAAAAUCACGAAACUCCGCGAAGAAGAGGCCCCAUUUCCAAGAGGAGGCGCAAGUGUUUUGACUCCCUUGGAACACAAGCAAAUUCAAAUCGAAGCUACACGAGAUGUCCUGUUCGAGCAGCAAGGCGCCAAGACCAAGAAGGCAGAGACAGACGGGGAGAAUGAAGAGGUUGCACGACCGGCAAAAAAAUCGAAAUCGAAGAAAAAAGCGAAAAACGGAACAGAGGUAGCAGAUCCGGAAGAAAAAGCUAUCAAGAUCGAGGGGUUAAGUUAUAAGAGAAUAGUCACAGGAUCCUUAGUUCUUGGUCAAGUCUCACAGAUAAAUGACCACGAUGUGGCUCUCUCCCUGCCGAAUAAUCUCACGGGAUACGUUCCUAUUACGUCGAUUUCGGACAAAAUAACGCAGCGGAUUGAAGCAAUCGCCAAUGCUGAAGAGAAUGAACCUGAAGACGGAGGAGAGGAGAGAGAGGAAGAUGAUGAUGUCGACUUGACUAAGCUCUUUACGAUCGGGCAAUAUCUUCGAGCAUUUGUUGUUUCUACGAGCGACGAUGCAACUUCCGGGAAAGCCAAGAGACGAAUAGAAUUAUCUCUUCGACCGCAGCAGUCAAAUAAUGAGCUUACCCCACAGAAUAUCGUCCCCAAUGGCACACUUAUGGCAUCCGUGGUCAGCGUUGAGGAUCAUGGCCUUAUUAUGGAUCUAGGUCUUCCAGGAUCUGAUGUCCGAGGAUUCAUGUCUUCAAAGGAAAUCGGGCAUGGGGUGGAGUUAUCCAGUAUACAAGAAGGAGCAGUCUUCCUCUGUGCGGUUACUGGUCUCAGCUCUAAUGGGAAGAUUGUAAAGUUGUCUGCGGAUACUCAGAAGAUUGGAAAUUUGAAGAAACCGUCAUAUCUUAGCGACGCUCCAACAGUUGAUGCUUUUCUUCCUGGUACUGCAGUCGAAGUGUUGGUUGCCGACGUCACGCCAAAGGGUAUUGCCGGAAAGGUCAUGGGUAUGGUCGAUGUGACUGCAGAUUUGAUGCAUUCAGGGGCAGGGGCAAGCGGCAAGGACCUCGAGAAGAAGUACAAAGUCGGAUCAAAGGUCAAGGGGAGGAUUAUAUGCACUUUCCCAACUGCUGACCCUCCUAAACUUGGCAUCUCAUUACUGGACCAUGUCAUGUCCCUGGCUCCACAGCAGGCCACCAAGGAUGGCAACAGACAAGCACCCGUCGACAUUUUGCCCUUGUCUACGAUUGUUGAAUCCGUAACCGUUCAAAAGGUCGAAUCAGGCGUCGGUCUGUUUGUUGACCUAGGGGUCAAGGGUGUACCUGGAUUUGUACACAUUUCAAGGGUCAAAGAUGGCAAGAUUGAGACGCUAUCGGAAUCCACUGGGCCAUACAAAGUAGGCUCCACUCAUCGCGGGAGGGUGAUAGGAUAUAACUCGUUAGAUGGCAUCUAUCUCGUUUCUCUGGAGCAGAGUGUCUUGGAACAGCCAUUUCUACGAAUUGAGGAUUUGAAGAUUGGUGAAGUGGUCAAGGGGAAGAUCGAGAAGAUCAUUGUGAACGCGGCGGGUGUGGGUGGCGUGCUAGUCAACCUGGCUGAAGGAAUCUCGGGGCUUGUGCCAGAGAUGCACAUGGCUGACGUUCAGCUUCUUCAUCCGGAAAAGAAGUUCAGAGAAGGAAUGACUGUAACAGCACGCGUACUAUCAACGGAUCCGAGAAGACGACAAAUACGACUUACCCUCAAGAAAAGUUUGGUCAAUUCAGAAGCAACUCCCUUCAUUUCAUACGAUAAGAUCAGUGCCGGGAUGCAAAGCCCUGGUACCAUUGUCAACAUCCUCCCAAAUGGAGCCGUUGUCCAGUUCUAUGGCACAAUACGAGGAUUUUUACCAGUGUAUGAAAUGAGUGAGGCGUUUAUCCAGGACCCGAGCCAGCACUUUCGAGUUGGGCAGGUUGUCAACGUUCACGUGUUGAAUGUUGAUCAGGCUGAGAAGAAAUUGACUGUAUCUUGCAAGGAUCCGUCAGUUUUUGGUCUUGCACAACAAAAUGCAUUGAAGAAGCUCAAAGUUGGCGAGGUAUUAUCUGCAACCGUCACAGAGAAAUCCAAUGAUGAUAUCUCUGUAGAGCUACAGGGCCUUGGAUUACGAGCGAUUCUCCCAGUUGGCCAUCUUACGGACGGCUCUGAUGCGAAAAAUCUGUCUGCGCUGAAGAAAAUCCGAGUCGGCCAAGUUUUGACAGACCUGGUGAUGCUUGAGAAGCUAGAGCAGAAGCGCCUCGUCAUUUUGACAAACAAGCCAAGUCUGGUGAAAGCUGCAAAGGACCGCACUCUCCUGAGAGGCUUUGACGAUGUCAAGGAGAACAAACUUGUGCAAGGCUUUGUUAAAAACGUGGCCCAAACUGCUGUCUUUGUUCAGUUCGGCGGAGGCCUUACGGGUAUACUGCCGAAGAGCAAAUUACCAGAAGAAGCUGCUCGCCUGCCUGAUUUUGGUAUGAGGAAGUUCCAAUCUAUUGAGGCCAAAAUCGUCUCUGUCGACCAGGGUCUGCAAAGAUUUGUCCUCUCUAUGACUAAUUUGGGCAAUGAGAAUCUCAUUCCGGAGCCUGCAGCGCCAUCAGUCGGUGUCGAUCAGACAGUUGUAAAUCCAGUUGACGAAUCAAUCACCUCGAUUGACGAUUUUACUCUCGGAAAAUUGACCAAAGCAAAGGUCGUAUCUAUCAAGGAGACACAGAUCAAUGUCCAACUUGCAGAUAAUAUCCAGGGACGUAUUGACGUCUCUCAGGUGUUCGAUUCAUGGGAACAAAUCAAGGAUCGCAAGCGACCCCUGAAAAAUUUCGCUUCCAAGAAUUCUGUUAUACCUGUCCGUGUUCUAGGAAUUCACGAUGCUCGUAACCACCGCUUCCUACCAAUUACCCACAGAACUGGAAAGACACUCGUUUUUGAACUAUCAGCCAAAUCCAGCGACCAAGAAGAAACGGCAUCAGAACCCCUCACUCUGAACAAAGUCAAAGUUGGGUCUUCUUGGAUUGCCUUUGUUAACAAUAUUGGGUCCGAUUGCGUAUGGGUGAACCUUUCUCCAAACGUUCGUGGCCGUAUUCGCAACUUGGAUCUCUCUGAUGACGUCUCCUUGUUGAGAGACAUCGAAUCUAAUUUCCCUGUCGGAUCUGCUAUCAAGGUUCAUGUUUCAUCUGUGGAUGUGAAGAACAAUCGAUUGGACCUUUCUGCCCGGUCAGCACAGACAUCAGAGGCCUUGACGUUCAAGAAUCUGAGUAAGGGUAUGGUGGUUCCUGGAAAGGUCACCCGGGUCAACGAAAGACAGAUAAUGGUACAACUCAGCGACAGCGUUUCUGGCCCAGUCAACCUCACGGACCUUUCUGACGAUUUCUCUGAAGCGGAUCCUACAAAGUAUUCGAAGAAUGACAUUAUUCGAGUCUGUGUCACUGAUAUCGACGCCCCUAACAAGAGAAUUAGUCUAUCUACAAGACCUUCAAGGGUCCUGAACUCCUCACUACCUGUUCAGGAUCCUGAGAUAUCAUCUAUCUCUCAAUUGAAGGUCAACGAUGUGAUACGCGGAUUUGUGAAGGAUAUUUCCGACAAAGGCUUAUUUGUCAAUAUCGGCGGCAAUCUGAAAGCUUAUAUUCGGGUCUCUGACCUAUCGGAUUUAUACAUCAAAGACUGGAAGUCCAGCUUCCAAGUGGACCAGCUUGUGAAGGGCAAAAUCAUCUCUCUGGACGAAAAUCUGAACCAUAUUCAAAUGAGCUUGAAGGCUUCAGUCCUAGACGAGAAUUACGUUCCUCCUCUGACGUUUAAUGAUAUCAAAGUUGGUCAGAUCGUUACUGGCAAAAUUCGGAAGGUCGAGGAUUUCGGCGUGUUUAUUGUCAUUGAUAAUUCGACCAACGUCAGUGGUUUGUGUCACCAGAGUGAGAUGGCAGAGAAGCGCGUACACGAUGUGAAAAAGCUGUAUGAUGAAGGCGACUCCGUCAAAGCCAUUGUUUUGAAAGUCGAUCCGGAGAAGAAGCGUAUCAGUUUCGGUCUCAAGGCUUCGUACUUCGAAGAUGGGGCAGAAUCAGAGGAAGAGAGUGAUGACGAUGAUGUGGACGCUAUGGAGGGCGUCAAAUUAGGCGAAUCCAGCGAUGAGGAAGAUGGGGAAGACGACUCUGAUAGUGAUGAUGAGGGUGGUGGAAUCGAUCUGGAUGACGUCCAGAAUAUUAGCAACGCGGGAGAGCAAAAUGGUGAUUCGGACCAAGAGAUGGAGGACGUUGAUGACAAAGACGUCGCUGCACUCAAAGUAGGCGGAUUCGACUGGUCGGCGGAUAUUCUCGAUCAAGGCGAGCAAUCAGAUGCAGGAUCCGUUGGUAGCACAGACGAGAAACCGAAAAAGAAGAAGAAGCGUAAGGCCGAGAUCAAGAUCGACCGGACCGGAGAACUCGAUGCCAACGGUCCGCAGUCUGUAAGUGAUUUCGAACGAUUACUUCUCGGACAGCCUGAUUCGGCCGAGCUUUGGGUCUCGUACAUGGCGUUCCAGAUGCAACUCAGCGAGCUCGGCAAAGCAAGAGAAAUAGCUGAGCGUGCCAUAAAAACCAUCAAUAUCCGCGAGGAGACGGAGAAAUUCAACGUCUGGUCCGCAUGGCUCAACCUUGAGGUUGAAUAUGGCAAUGAUGAAACAGUCGAAGGGGUCUUCAAGCGAGCAUGCCAAUACAACGAUGCGCAGGAAGUUCACGAGAAUUUGAUCAGCAUCUACAUCCAGUCUGAGAAAUACAGUAAAGCGGAUGAUCUUUUCCAAGUUCUCGUCAAGAAAUUCUCCCAGUCACCCUCAGUGUGGUACAACUACGCCGACUUCCUCCACCGAACGCAGUCCGCCCCGGAUCGGGCCCGCGCUCUGCUACCCCGUGCCGUCCAAUCUCUUCCCACUCACACCCACCUACCGCUCACCCUAAAAUUCGCCGCGCUAGAGUUCAAAUCGCCCAACGGCUCGCCAGAACGAGGAAGAACGAUCUUCGAAGGCCUCCUGUCCAGCUUCCCUAAGCGACUGGAUAUCUGGAACCAGUUGUUGGAUCUGGAGAUCAAGCAAGGUGACAAGGAUAUUGUGAGAGGGCUUUUCGAGAGGGUUGUUAAAGUUAAGGGAUUGAAGCCAAAGGGUGCCAAGGCUUGGUUCAAGAGAUGGAGUGAGUGGGAGGCUGAGAAUGGGGAUGAGAAGACCAAGGAGAAGGUCAAGGCGAAGGCGGAGGAGUGGGUUAGAGCCGCGGCCCAGAAGAAGGAAGCCGAUGGCGGUAAUGACGAGGAGUGAAGAAAUGGUGUCUUGAUCUUACCACAAUCUUUAGAGGGGUUUUCAUUGUCCUGUAUAGAUGGAGUUAAGGAGCCAUAAAAGUUGUCCCGGGUAGUGAUUAGCUAUUCAACUAUCUUGUGAAAAGUUGUUUACUACUACUAAUGGAUGCUCUCAAUCCAUGAUACUUGUUCCUUCAGACUUCAUAAGGUAUUUAGGCAGACCAAAGCAUACGAUACGAG